GGGAGGUGCUCAGCUGGGAACAGGGAGAGAGACACCAGCUUUGAGGAAAGGCAGGCACACACAACACGAAAGCCAGUGCUGGAAUUGGGUGUUUUGUACUGUAGGUUGCAUUGCAGACCUGUUUCUGGAGGGAAACUGAAGGGCUGGACACAGGAGACGGACACAGGAAUUCCAGGUCACAAGGGCUCCUGUGGCAGAGCUCAGUCCUGGCUGGGUUGGGCUGGGCUGGUAUUCCAACCUCUCCCUCUCACGGUCACGAGCAUGAAAGAAGCAGAACCAGAGCAGGAGUAAACACAGGUAGAGACGUGUGUGAGCACAGUCUGGGGGGAAACCAAGAGGCUGGCAUCUUACUUCAGAGGUUGACUUCUGGCCUCACUCCAUCAUGAUGGGAUUCUCUGUUCAGUUUGCCUGCUGGUUGCUGGUAGUUUUUGCUCUAGGUGAGAACCACCUGGUGAGUGGAGGUUGUUCAGGGAAGUGCUGCAGAGGCAGAGACACAAACUGUUUGACCACUGACUGGAGGAUGGACCGUGUGCACGGCACAUGCUACUGUGAUGAAGGCUGCGUCAGAACUAAAGACUGCUGCUUUGACUACUUCACAGAGUGUCCAGCUCAGGACUGUGUUGUGAGCGACUGGAGCUUUUGGAGCGGCUGUGCCAAACCCUGCCAGCCUUCGGUGCGAAUCCGUGUUCGUCACAUAGAACAGCAGCCCCACAACAGUGGCCAGCCCUGCCCCGGCCUUGAGCAACGAGCUGGCUGCAGGGAAUACAGAGACCACCUGGGUAGACACUGUGGCUUCAAUUCAGGUCCUGCAUUCAUCACCAGCAUGGCGUUUGCCAAGGGAAGGCCCAAGCACGACAGCUACGGAAACCCCCUAAACCCUGGGUUUUGUGUGGAAUUCAAGCUAGAGUCACGGACGCCCCACUGCACUGUGGAGAACCGGCCCCACACACUGUGGAUGCGCUACAUAACAGAGGGCUUUAACGUGUGUGUGGCAUGUGAACCUCCUGCCAUGCGAAACAAUACCAGCAGCUGCCAGGGAGACGGUCAGGAAUCAGACAAGGAGACUGUGCUCCACUGGCAGGCGGUGGGGAACCCGCAGUGCAGCGGGACUUGGAAGAAGAUCCAGAAAACUCAGCGGUGCGCCUGUCCUCCACAACACAGUUUUGUCUUCAUCUGAUAUGGAUUUCACGUGAACAUCUAAAAACCAAUCAGUGGGCAGCCUCAACACAUCGUCUCUCUAUCAACACUAAGAGGCCUAAUUUUGCAGAUAUGUCUUUUAAUAUGG